ACAGCGAGCCACACAGGUUAACUCGUAUUAAUUCACCUGCAAAUCCACCAGCACAUUGCUCACUGAGCAAGAAACUAAACAACCAGCUUGAUUUGAGCAAUGGCGGCAGGAUUGCAGGUGUUCGGGCAGCCGGCGUCCACCGACGUUGCCAGGGUCCUGGCCUGCCUCUUCGAGAAGAACCUCGAGUUCGAGCUCGUCCGCAUCGACACGUUCAAGAAGGAGCACAAGCUUCCCGAGUUCAUCAAGCUGCGGGAUCCAACAGGGCAGGUGACUUUCAAGCAUGGCGACAAGACUAUUGUUGAUUCAAGAGCUAUAUGCCGCUACCUAUGCACUCAGUUCCCAGAAGACGGGAACCGGACAAUCUACGGGACGGGGUCGCUGGAGCGGGCGUCGAUCGAGCAGUGGCUCCAGGCAGAAGCGCAGAGCUUCGACGCGCCCAGCUCCGAGCUGGUGUUCCACCUCGCGUUCGCGCCGCAGCUGAACAUCCCCGCCGACGAGUCCCGCAUCGCGGAGAACGAGAGGAAGCUGCAGCAGAUGCUCAACGUGUACGACGAGAUACUGGCCAAGAACAGGUACCUCGCCGGCGACGAGUUCACCCUGGCCGACCUGUCCCACCUCCCCAACUCCCACUACAUCGUCAACGCGCGGUCGCCGAGGGGGAAGAAGCUCUUCACCUCCAAGAAGCACGUUGCGAGGUGGUACGAGGAGAUCUCCAGCCGCCCCUCGUGGAAGCAGGUGGUCAAGAUGCAGAGCGAGCACCCCGGCGCCUUCGAGUGAUAUAUUCAGCUGCACCGCCCGUCUCUUGCAUCCUUCCUGGGGUUUUCAAUUCAUCCUGCGGCGAGCUCGUCCUCGUCCUCGUCCACGGCUUCGUCGGUCGGGCUUCAUCAAGUGAUGUGGUUGUCAAGGUCUCCGGUCUCCCUCGUGCUUAUACGUUUAAGUGUCGUUUCGGCUAAGAAUAAUAUGAAGCCUUCCUGAGGUGUCUACUCAUGUAUUCCCUUUUGCAACGCCAAUGUCUUUCCUGGAGUUGUGUCAUCAGUUUACUUUCGAUUCAAGAAAUAAAAUGUCUCCGAGCCUUUUUUGCUCAUAUGCAUGCAGUACAUUUAGGUCCC